CGUAGAAAGAGCAGAUAUAUACAACUUAGGGAUUCCUUUUGCAUUCACAAUUGUGCAGGACUGACCGCUUCUUUCUCAGUUAUGAAAUGUGCUUUUCAAAAUGUGGAGUAUCAUUUGCAAUAGCACCCAGUGGACUCACAAUACAAUGUUGACUUUGGUGAGCAAGAAACCUCACUGUUGCUGUCGUGUAUAGUUUUCCGGGUGUGGAGAGGCAGUAGAUUUUUACAGUACAGUCUGCUUCAACUCUAGAAGAAUGUCUGUUGAAAAGCGUGCUCUCCUCGAGCAAAAGCAGCGGCGUAAACGUCAAGAGCCCUUAAUGGUACAGCCCAAUCCUGAGGCAAAGCCCCGGCGUUCCAAGCCUAGGAGAAAUGAAGAGCAGGCUCCACUUGUCGAGUCCAGACAUAGUAUCACCAGUGAUGUCAUACUUGAUGGUAUUGAUGGUCCUGCGGCAUUCAUGGUGCCAGAGCCAACAGACCUCAAUAACAAAGUUCAGAUGCUCUCAGUGAGUGAGUCCCCACCAGCUGAGGAUUUGGAACGUGAUGGUGACAAGGAGACACUACUUGAACACUCAUCUAAGCUAGAUAUCCAAGAGGUUUUACAGAAACGAGCUGAAAAACACCAGGAGAAGGUGCUCCAGCCAGCUGAUGACACUGCAGAAAAAGGGUCCAUAGAUGAGGUACCUGUGGGGCCACAGGCCCCCUUGUCCGCCCGAGAGAAAUUGAUACAAUCAGGAAUAUCUGGAAGCUUGAACUUUGAUGAAGACAACAGUGAAGAUGAGGGAGAGAGUGCCAGAUCUCUCUCUCCUCAUGCAGAUAUCCAGCGACCAGCAUCUGCUUCAAGUACUAAAUCUAACACGGAAAAAGCAGCAUCUAGUUCCCCUCAAUUGGAUGGACCAACUAUUGAUGUUGAAAAUCUAGAAGAGUUUGCUCUAAGACCAGCUCCACGUGGUAUUACUGUGAAGUGUCGUAUUACAAGAGACAAGAAAGGCAUGGACCGAGGAUUAUAUCCUACUUAUUUUAUGCAUUUGGAGAGGGACGAUGGUAGAAAGGUGUUUCUGCUUGCUGGCAGGAAGAGGAAGAAGAGUAAAACAUCUAACUAUUUAAUAUCCAUAGAUCCUACAGAUCUCUCCAGGGAAGGAGACAGUUUUGUUGGCAAGCUAAGGUCUAAUCUGAUGGGAACAAAGUUUACUGUGUAUGACAAUGGAUCAAAUCCAAACAAACCACAGACUCUUCUUGAGGAGAGCAACACACGGCAGGAGCUUGCUGCCAUAUGCUAUGAAACCAAUGUCUUAGGAUUCAAGGGACCACGAAAGAUGACCGUGGUAAUUCCUGGGAUGAGCAUUAAUCAUGAAAGGGUUCCUUUCCGACCCAGGAAUGAUCACGAGAGCUUGUUAACUAAGUGGCAGAAUCGUUCUCUGGAAAACCUGAUUGAGCUGCACAACAAGGCCCCAGUAUGGAAUGAUGACACUCAAUCAUAUGUACUCAACUUCCAUGGCAGGGUAACGCAAGCUUCAGUGAAAAACUUCCAGAUUGUUCAUGAAAAUGACCCUGACUACAUUGUAAUGCAGUUUGGCAGAGUGGCAGAGGAUGUCUUCACGCUAGACUAUAAUUACCCUAUGUGCGCCUUGCAGGCCUUCGCCAUUGGACUAUCCAGCUUUGAUAGCAAGUUGGCUUGCGAGUGACGGGGGCAGGAUCCCCCUUGAAGUGAAAAAAGACUUCAGUAACAACAACCUAACUUGUGCUAGGUUAUUGUUUGAUUUUUAUCUACAAGGAAAUGUUAUUUAUUUUGCAGCAGUGCAUUUUGUUACAAUCGUGAACUAGUUCUAUGAAAUCAUUUUUAGAAAAACAAAAAUUUACAUACACUAAGAAGAGACAUUUGACGAUAACUGUAAAUCAUGCAGCCUAUAUCAAGCAUUUUUUACUAAAUAAAAUCCAUGUAUUGUUUAUAUGCUUUUCAUUUUUGGUCACCUAGAAACUGUGUUUCAGUGCUGAUGUUUAGUAUGUUUAGAUUAUGUUUCUCAGUCCUGCCAAUAUCAGCGUCAAGGCAGGAGGGAGAGGAAGGCUUGACCAUGAAUGUAUAUACUUUACUAGUCAACAGCAGAGCUAACACUACAAGUAUGUCUAGCUCCUUAUGGAGUAUUGCAUUUGCAAUUAUUAGUUUAACUUGAAAUGUGUCUAUAAUAAGUCCAAAUGUUUGACGUACAGCCUAUUCUCAUUUAUGGUUUAAUUAUGUGAUUAUUCUGCCUCAUUUCUUGUGAAGCUGUUUAAAAGUCACUGCUAAUGCUUGCACCUCAGUGGUAAAUGCAACAUAGUAACACAUUUUAAAAGACACUUUAUUUGGAAAGUCAAACCUCAAUAAAAAUUUGAUAAAUCAUUACCGAAAAACAUUUUUAUCGAUCCAAAAUGGUGCUUCACUUUGUCCUGUUUAAAUUGGACUAUACAUUUUAAAUGUUUUUCUUUCUUUAACAUCAGUGCUUUCUGUGUCAUGAGAGAAGUGAGGCAUUUAUUCCAUUUUUAUAAAAUUUAAACACUAUUAUGCUCUUCAGUUUUCUUUUCUGCCUGUUUUGUGUCCACCUUGAAAGCUUGCUAAUCUGUUUAAUGUUUUGCUGUUUUAUUCCCUUCUGUAAAAGUAUUUUGAGAUUAUUGUGUGCAUUCAUUGAAUGGGGUGACAAAUCACCUUUUUUUUAUUUAUUUCCCUAAAGUGUAAUUUAAUAUGAUGUUGAAUGACUAAUUAUAUUUUAACAUCUGCUCCCUGUAUAUCUAAAUGCAGGCGAAAGCUGUGUACAUUUAAUUACUGCAAUUUGUAAUUUUAAUUAGAAUUCUCAAAUACUGUAAGUAACACAAUCUGGAGUGUACUGAGGUCUUUAAACACAUCUGUUUUUCUGUUUUACUUAACCAUUGCCUCUCAGCCUGUUUUUACAUUUUAGUACAUCUAGCACAUGGUUUGCACUGACAAAUAUACAAAUAUUUCAAGAUUGUUUAUUUUAUAAAGAAAUAUUUUCAAAGUGAACACCUUCUGAAUAUACAUACACAAGUAUGUAUAGUGUAUAUUGUAUAUAUGAUGCGUUGCAAAAUUGUUCAGACUCUUGAGUAAUUUUACGUUAGGAAAAAAAUCUUAAGACAAAAAAAAGGAAAAAUGCUGUGUCCGCAAGUAUUUAAUACCUGUGCCCAGCAUUCAAACCUUUAAGUCUUCUUGGUUAAAUACUGUAAGUACUAGCUUUGCACACUUCCAGGUUGUUCAGGUCUUGUGGAUACACAGUUUUCAAACAGUUCCACAGAUUCUCAGUUGGAUUGACAAUCAGGGCUUUGACUGAGCCAUGUUUAAGACAUUUGCCUUCUCUCCUUGACCCAUUCCAAGCCUAUUUUGUCCUUGUCUUUUCGGAUCAUUGUUCUCCUGAACUCUUGCCCAUGCUUUUUUUUUAUGUUGUGACAGCAGAUGGCGCUAUACCAGCACUUAACCCUUAACAGAGAGACGUAGGAGGCACAGUCUUCCUCGUCCCCACGAGCACACAACACAGUCACCAAAGCACACCAGAAUUCUUACUCCUUUAUCUCCACCAUUCCUUUCUGGCAAGCUUCAUCCACUACCACCCAACUCUGACUCCCGGAGUAGUGUCUGCUGGUCCUUUAUAUAGGUCAC